AUGGGCACAAGUCCCAGAGAACUUGAAAAAGCUCUUGAGAUCAACUUUGCUUUGGCUACAAGGUGGGGCUGUAUAUUGCUUCUGGACGAGGCGGAUGUGUUUCUCAGCCAAAGGACGAUGAAUGACGUGACGCGCAAUGCCCUGGUUGCAGUAUUCCUUCGAAUUCUAGAGUACCACUCAGGGGUUCUUUUUCUAACAACGAAUCGUGUCGGGUCUUUUGACGAAGCGUUUAUGUCUAGGAUCCACAUCAGCCUCCAUUAUCCAGCGUUCACCAUGUCCGAGACGAUGAAGGUAUUCGAACACAAUCUUGACCUCAUUCAGCGUCGCUAUACUCAAAGCGGCCGGCCACUCAGGAUUUUCCGACCUAGUAUCAUGGAAUAUGUCAGCGGACAUAUUGUGAAUACGAAGAGUAACUGGCUCCCGUUCCACCCGUGGAACGGGCGACAAAUCCGAAAUGCUUGCCAGACAGCCAUUGCUCUGGCCGAGCUUUCAGCCCGAGAAGACCCUCACGACAAUACGGUAUAUCUUAAGGCGGAUCACUUCAGGGUGCCGCACGAGGCCAGCAUGGAAUUCAACCACUACUUGGAUGCUGUGAGAGGCGCGAAUUCGUUCGACAGCUCUAGAUUGGAACGGCGGGAUGACUGGCCCUCCAGAGACAGAGAGAAGAGGCCUCCUUGGGCGAACAAGUGGACCCAGGGCGGCAGGCCGGAUCGAUCUCGUUCCCAAAGCCCAAUUGCAUCGACUCCUGGAUCAAAUAUCUCCUCGGUUCGUGGAUCAAGCUCAUCUAAGCCUGAUAAUCAAAAUGAAGUCCCUGCGGGUAGAAUUCCGGCCAAAUACGAGAAUGAGGACCCAGACCAAAGUUUCGGUACUCCUAUUGGCAUUCAUAUGAGAUCCAAGAUUCCUCUGCCAGUUUUUGGAGGAUGUUCACUUGGCGAAAAGAUAUCGAAAGAAGGACCGCAUUGA